AAGUGUUUAGAAAAUUAGUUGUUAAAAAAUAAAAAGUAAAAUCACCACACACACGCAGACGGACAAACGGACAGACAAUUGGGCAAGCGUUUGAAAAAAAAUACGUAAAUUUAAUGGUGAUUUAGUUGACUUUGACUAAAAAUUGCACGCCCAAAGUGGUUCUGCCUCAGUUACCGUUGGGCGGCGAACGUGUAAUGAACUCAAAAGGUUAUAAGUGAUAAGAAGAACUUUAUAGUGCGAGUGAUAGAAAAAGUGGUUUUUGUGACAUAAAUUAUAUUUGUUUAUCCUCUUACAAGUGUCAAAAAGGAUAAAAAGGAAAAUAAUUCAAAGAAACAAGUUUUUCAAUUUUUCGUAAAUUGUAUGUAUGUAUUGUUUGUACAGACAAACCUGCAUAAAAAAAAAAUCGCUCAUACGCAGGUACGCAGUUGUGCAAUGAAAAGAGCGAGGUGAUGAUAAAAAUAAUUGUUCUAUGAUUUUAUAAAUCACAGCCGCAAAACUCCACAAAAAUAAAGAUAAUACUGCCAUUGAGGAUAACUAAACCCAUAAGCUAAAUCCUUUUUUUUUUUGUUUUUAAAAUCUAAUAUCUGCUACUAAAGAAACACACAUACAUACAUAUAACAAGUUAAAUGUUCAGUCGCAAUAAUUCUCAUCCUGAUAAUGGCACAGUUGAUGAUGCAUACACUCAGGUGUACACAAAUACAAAGCCAGCCGUAGCUGAGUCUUCCGCUGCUGGCGCUCAAACAACGAGCCGUGAUGCUAACCGCGGUCAAUGGGCUUCGAAAACAGAAUUUAUGUUAUCCUGCAUAGGCUACGCUGUCGGCAUUGGUAAUGUGUGGCGCUUUCCUUAUCUGUGCUACCGGAGUGGGGGAGGCGCAUUUUUGGUACCAUAUCUACUGAUGUUAUUCUUAUGCGGCAUUCCUUUAUUUUUCAUGGAAAUUACUAUGGGUCAAUUCUCCAGUGUUGGCUGCAUUGGAGUAUUUCGUUUGGCCCCUUUAUUUAAGGGUGCCGGUUUCGCCAUUGUCAUUGUGAAUUUGAUUUUCACCUGUUACUACUCUGUGAUUAUUUCUUAUCCAAUUAUGUUUCUGAGUAAAUUGCUUUCAAACAAAUUGCCCUGGAUUGAUUGCCAGAAUAAGUGGAAUACCGAAUACUGUGUGGAGGUUUUGGAUCUAGGAAAACGUAAUUUUACUCACCACACCGGAUUUCGUACGCCAGCCGAUGAAUUCUUUCAUUUUGAGAUAUUAAAGAUUUCUGAGAGCAUCGAGGAUUUGGGCGGCAUAGUGUGGCCAUUAUUUUGGUGUCUCAUAUUUGUAUGGCUUUCAGUGUAUGUGUGUAUUAUACGUGGCAUAAAAACAGUGGGAAAAGUGGUCUACUUCACUGCGGUCUUUCCAUUUUUCAUACUCUUUGUGCUUUUCAUACGCGGCAUUACUUUACCCGGUGCAAUGAAAGGCAUUUUAUUCUAUAUUAAGCCGGAGUGGUCGCGCCUGCUUGAUUUGAAGGUUUGGGCUGAUGCGGCAAUACAGAUAUUCUUUUCAUUGGGACCCGGCUGGGGCGGUAUUGUGAACAUGGCAAGCUAUAAUAAUUUUCGCAAUAAUGCCAGAGGUGAUUCCUUUGUUAUACCGAUUGUGAAUUGUGCGACGAGCAUAUUUGCGGGAUUUGUAGUGUUCUCCGUGUUGGGUUUUUUGUCGCAUCAAUCAGGCAUACCGGUAGCCACUGUCGCUACAUCUGGUCCUGGCUUAGCAUUUGUAACAUACCCGCAGGCGAUUGCUAUGCUGCCGGUGCCACACUUGUGGGCGGCGCUUUUUUUCUUCAUGCUUUUCUUGUUGGGUUUGGAUAGUGUGUUCGUCCAGAUCGAAGCCAUUAUUUCGUCCGUCAUCGAUGAAAUUCCGAAGUUACGUAAACAUAAAGCUCUGGUGACAUUGUGUUCGGUCAUAAUUAUGUGUUUAAUGUCAAUAAUCAUGGUGACAAGGGCUGGCAUGUUCAUUCUUCAACUUUUCGAUUGGUAUUCGGCAUCCAUUUCUGUGAUACUCAUUUGUGUGCUGGAAGUAGUGAUGGUAGCUUGGAUUUAUGGUGUAGAUAAUUUCAUAGCAGACAUUUAUUUUAUGAUCGGCAAAAGGCCUGGAAUCGUUUGGCGGUCAUGUUGGGUGUACAUAACCCCAGUUAUAUUGAUUGGCAUGUUUUUCACCACGAUCAUAUUUAAUCGUGAUAUUACCUAUAAUGGCAUCCGUUAUCCCGGUUGGGCCAUAGCGCUGGGCUGGCUGAGUUGUUGCAUCUCAAUCGCAUGCAUUCCCAGUCACAUGCUCUACACUCUAAUGCGUGGUAAGGGCUCGCUAAUGGAGACACUGCGUAAACAAUUACAAGCUGUCGAUUGGACGCCGGCAAAUGAGGAGCAUCGACUCGAGUAUGAGGAAUAUCAACGUUCACGUAAAUUGACAAGUGAAUUGAAAGCCAUAACAGUGGAAACAAUGAAAAGCGAGAGAUUGUGACGUCCUAAAUUCUAUAUUUAGGAAGUUUUUGUAAUUUUUUCCAUAGUUUAUAUUCAUAGUAAAAUAUAUUCCAAACCACAAGAGUGCCUCUAUAUACAUAGAUAUUAGGAAAAAUGUAUUAUUCAAAGAAAUU